UCUGUGGUCGCAAUGGCACGUAUCCUCGCUUGCUGCCUGGUGGUUGGCAUACUGAUUUUGAUGGAUGAUAUCCAGGCUCAGAAAAAAAAUCAGACCAUUGACUUGGCGAAGUUGGCCAAGAUAUUACGGCGUCCUUCUUACCAGACCCGUGUUAUAGGUGGUCAUGUGACGACUAUUGAUAAGUUGGGCGGUUAUCUUGUGGCAAUGCGAUACUACAACAAUUUCAUCUGCGGAGGCACUUUAAUACGGGAUCUCAUUGUCCUGACGGCGGCCCACUGUUUUGAGAACCGGAAUGUCAAGGAAGGUUGGACUGUGGAGGGUGGCAUCUCGAGGCUCACCGAUAGUGGAGUUCGCCGUGGGGUUAAGGACAUUAUAAAGUCCGCUGAAUUCCGGAUGACUACGAUGAACAUGGAUGUGGCUGUGGUGCUGCUGAGUAGACCCAUGGUGGGGAAAAAUAUCGGUUUUCUAACGUUGUGCUCUACGCCUUUGACUACUGGAAAACAUUUGGUCGUUUCCGGCUGGGGAAUGACCCAUCCGGAUAACACCGGUCCGGAUCAGCUGUUGCGAACGGUCACGGUUCCUGUGAUCGAAAAGAGGUUCUGCCGCAAUGUUUAUCGGCUUUCAGCUGCUAUAACCGACAGCAUGUUCUGCGCGUCAGUAUUGGGAAAAAAGGAUGCCUGUACCUACGAUUCCGGAGGUCCUUUGGUUUACGACAGGCAAGUCUGCGGUAUCGUGUCGUUUGGAAUCGGAUGUGCCAGCAGACGAUAUCCUGGCGUCUAUACGGAUGUCCAUUACGUGAAGCCCUUCAUUGAAAAGGGUAUUAAAGCGCUUUUAACGCGACGCAGCGGUCGAACCAAAAUAAAAGCACCCAAAUAUUAA